CCUUAUAAGACUGCAUAUGCAACAUCUCACCUAAGCUACCUUAGUCUGUACAAAGAUGCAGACCGUACUCGUUACGUUGUUGGCAGUUUUAGCUGCGCUGACCACAGCAAAUUAUGAAGAAUCAAACAAGGUGUGUUACCCAGACAUCGGGUGUUUUUCUAACGAUCCCCCUUUCAACAUGAGGAAUUUGGAGCGACCUUUCUUGGACCUUCCAGAGUCACCUGACGUUAUCGGCACCCAGUUCCAGCUGUUUUCCCGAGAGCAGAAAACCGAAGAGAAAGUUCUGGAUGCCAGAAAAGUAGCAGACGUCAAAGUUGUCUGGGAAAAUUUAACCCGCCGGCCCGUAAAGUUUAUAGUGCACGGGUUUUUGGACAAGACAAACAGCACGUCAUGGAUAAAGGACAUGAAAGACGAGCUGCUUGUCCAGGGCGAUUACCACGUGAUUGUCGUGGCCUGGGACGGGGGAAACAGAUUCCCUUACGGUGUGGCAGCGGCGAAUACUAGGGUGGUUGGCGCACAGAUUGCUUUCUUGAUCAACGCACUUAUUAAGGAGCAUGGCUUCCAGGCAGGUGAUUUCCACAUCAUCGGCCACAGCCUGGGUGCUCACAUAGCAGGUUAUGCUGGUCAACUGGUGCCUGGCCUGGCCAGAAUCUCGGGACUAAGUCCAGCCGGCCCAUAUUUUGUAAACACUGACCCUAAAAUUAGCCUGGAUCCGAGUGACGCCAAGUUUGUGGAUGUUAUACACACGGAUGACAAAUCCAUCUUUCAGUUCAGUUUUGGUAUGAGCCAGGCUGUCGGCCAUCUUGAUUUCUACCCUAAUUUCGGCCACGACCAACCCGGAUGUGAUAAAAGUUUGUUUACAGACAUCAAGCAAUAUGGCCUCAUUGACGGUGUAAUUGAAAAAAUAGCUUGCAGUCAUGAAAGGGCCAUUACUCUCUACACUGAGAGCAUUAACGCGAGGUGCCCGUUCCUGGCCUACCAGUGCAAUAGUUCUGACGAGUUCUCUAACGGCAUCUGUAGAUCGUGUGAGAAAGGCAACUGUGCUUUCAUGGGCUUCAACGCUAACGAGAUUAAAUUAUCAGCGGGAGAAAGAAGGACAUACUACCUUACAACAUCUGGACAGCCACCUUUUUGUCAGUACCACAAUGAAAUUACCAUCAAAGUAAAUAAAGACGGAAACAGUGAGAAAGGUAUCCUAACGGCCGUGCUAGAAGGUGAAAAAUUAAAAUCACAAAACACCAAACUCAGCACUGAUAACGUAAGUCUAGAACCAGGCAAAGAGUACCGCUUCAGUCUGCCCACUGCCAGUGAUCUUGGAGAAAUCAAAUCUGUGACCAUUGGCUGGACAUCGUCGAGCUGGUUUGGAUUCUUUAAGCACCCCAUCUCAGUUGAUGAGGUCAAGAUAUACCGUGCUGAGAAUGACGCCAGCAUUCGUUUCUGUGCUGAGGGACAGGUCAUUCAGUCAGAUGAAUCCUUCAAGUUCUCAGAUGAAUGUGCUAAAGAUGAUUAGUCAGAAUUAUUAUAACACUUUAAAUGCUUACUUUCAUUGUUUUGAUGGCUGAAUAAAUAUUCAAACAAG